UUUUAGUGUUUUAUUUCUCAGGAAAUUGAGUACAUCUUAACAGAAGAUAAGAUGAUAAUCAGUUCCUGCUUGGCUGGUGACAUAAGAGUCUGGGACUCGUUGUCAGGAGAAUGUUUGACAACGAUCAUCAGAUCUAGCCCUAUUGUGAACAAGUCAGAGUCUGGAACUCACAUCAGGGGCAGUGGCAGCUUCUCGUCAGAUUCUACGUAUGGUUCUUCACCAACGUCUGAAACUGGGGACUACUUUUCUGUCCAGUCAACGUAUCGACCACCUGGAUUUCUCAGAAAGAUGGUGGAUUCAGCUUCUCGAUUUGUCACCAGCCAACCCUCUAGUCAAGAUGAUCAUUCUGCUGGUGGAUUUUUCUUCCACUCAAUGAAGCAUGGCUACGACUUCAGCAGAGCCUUUAAAACAAAAGAUGUAAAACUUUUGGGAAGAGACAGACUAAUAGACACAUGGAAAUGUCAUAAGAGGAACCAGAGUGAUGGAAAUGAACUUGAUGAAGAAAUCCAAAUUACAGCAGAGGAGACCUCAAAGAACAAUGGCACUACUCAUCAUUCUCCACUGAGCUACCAGCCUCUGUGGUGCAUGGACUGUCAAGGAGGCUGGCUUGUUUUAGGUUGUGGAGGUGGACGUAUUGAGGUAUGGGAUGCACUGGCUGGAGUGUUGAGAACAGUAUACGAAGAUAGUCAGUUAGGAGUCACUUCUCUUCAAAUGAUUGGAAGAAGAUUAGUAGUUGCGAGGUUGAACGGAGUUUUGGAAUUUCUCCAGUUAACAGCAUCAUCUCAGCAUGAAGGUGAACGAGAACCAAGCCCAAACACCGAGGAAAGUGGAGAGGAAGAAGUGGUGUGUGUGUGGCUGCAGGGACUUAGAGCCCACACACAACCAAUCACAACAUUAGUUGUGGAAGGUGGUCACGUUGUUUCAGGAAGUCUUGACUGCUUGAUAAAGGUGUUCAAGUGGGAUUCAGCUGUGUGUGUGUAUACUCUUCAUGGUCAUAGAGGGGGAAUCACAGUCUUACAAGUGGACAGUGUAAGUACAAAAUGCAGUUGUGUGUAUUUACUUUUUCUAAGAACCAGUUGA